UCGGUGGAGCUCGAGCAUCCUUGUCAAAGACGCGGCGAGAGACAACAGAGCCAUUUUGGCCGCUUCGCUUCGAGUCCACCCUUUUCCCCUCCCGAGUCCUCGACACCGGACCAGCCUCGGGCGGAGGAGGGUGGCGGGUGUUCAGGUGAGGUCCGCCGGGCAGACAACCUCCUCUCAGCCCAUCCCGGCGUUCAUGGAGAGGAGAGGCGGGUGACGCACGGACGGGCAGCGAGUGUCGGACCUGGAGGAGGUGGACGUGUUGGGAUAAGAAACCCCGCAAAAACACGUCUGUAGACGGGAGCAGAGAGACCAAACCCCCCACCCCCGGGCGUUGGAGCAGGCACCCAAAGGUGCUACGAGGACAGCGCCAUGGCAGGAGCCUCUGUGAAGGUGGCGGUGAGGGUCCGCCCCUUCAACUCCAGAGAGACCGAAAAGGACAGCAAAUGCAUCAUUCAGAUGUCUGGAAACACGACCACCAUCAUCAACCCCAAGCAGGCGAAAGACAACAAGAGCUUUAACUUUGAUUACUCCUACUGGUCGCACACAACGCCCGAGGACAUUAAUUAUGCCUCUCAGGUGCAAGUGUACAAAGACAUCGGAGAGGAAAUGUUGCUCCACGCGUUCGAAGGCUACAACGUCUGCAUCUUUGCGUACGGUCAGACGGGCGCCGGCAAGUCCUACACGAUGAUGGGCAAACAGGACGUGAAGGAUCAGCAGGGCAUCAUCCCACUGCUCUGUGAGGAUCUUUUCACAAAGAUCAAUGACAACACAGACAACAGCAUGUCUUACUCCGUGGAGGUCAGCUACAUGGAGAUCUACUGCGAGCGAGUGCGGGACCUGCUGAACCCUAAGAAUAAAGGGAACCUGCGCGUGCGUGAGCAUCCUCUGAUGGGACCCUACGUGGAGGACCUGUCCAAGCUGGCCGUCACCUCUUACAAUGACAUCCAGGACCUGAUGGACUCUGGGAACAAAGCCAGAACCGUGGCCGCCACCAACAUGAACGAGACGAGCAGCCGCUCACACGCCGUCUUCAACAUCAUCUUCACUCAGAAACGCUUUGACGCAGAGACUGACAACACAUCGGAAAAGGUCAGCAAAAUAAGUUUAGUGGAUCUGGCCGGCAGCGAGAGGGCGGAUUCUACUGGAGCCAAAGGAACCAGGCUUAAGGAAGGAGCAAACAUCAACAAGUCUUUGACCACACUGGGGAAAGUCAUCUCUGCCUUGGCAGAAGUGGAUUCUGGACAAAACAAGAAUAAAAAGAAGAAGAAAGUGGAAAGCUUCAUUCCAUACAGAGAUUCAGUUUUAACUUGGCUUCUUAGGGAAAAUUUGGGUGGGAAUUCCCGGACAGCGAUGGUCGCUGCCCUGAGUCCCGCUGACAUCAACUACGAUGAGACGCUCAGCACGCUCAGGUAUGCAGAUCGAGCCAAGCAGAUCCGCUGUAACGCCGUCAUCAACGAGGAUCCCAACAAUCGACUGGUGCGAGAGCUGAAAGAGGAAGUGUCCCGACUUAAAGACCUGCUGUAUGCUCAGGGUCUGGGUGACAUCAUUGAGACAUUUCGAGCGUCUGGCGCUGACAUAGAGGGUUUGAAAUUGACCAAUGCAAUGACGGGGAUGAGUCCCUCUCCAUCCCUCUCAGCCUUGUCCAGUCGUGCCGGAUCUAUUGCCAGCCUUCAUGACCGCAUCAUGUUCAGCCCGGGCAGCGAGGAGGCCAUCGAGAGGCUGAAGGAAACUGAGAAAAUAAUUGCUGAACUAAAUGAAACUUGGGAAGAAAAACUUCGAAGGACAGAAGCCAUUAGAAUGGAAAGAGAAGCCCUGCUGGCAGAAAUGGGCGUGGCGAUACGAGAAGAUGGUGGAACAGUUGGUGUUUUUUCUCCUAAGAAGACACCUCAUUUAGUAAACCUCAAUGAGGAUCCCCUGAUGUCAGAGUGUCUGCUGUACUACAUAAAGGAAGGGAUCACCAGGGUUGGUCGUUUAGACGCCAGCAGUCGUCAAGAUAUAGUCCUCAGUGGCCACUUCAUCAAAGAUGAGCACUGCACAUUUACAAGAUCUGCUGGUCCGAUGGGUGAAACUGUUGUCUUAGAGCCGUGUGAAGAAGCAGAGCUUUAUGUCAAUGGAAAGCGAGUGACGGAGCCCACUGUCCUGAAAUCAGGAAAUCGGAUCAUCCUAGGAAAGAGCCACGUCUUCCGGUUUAACCACCCUGAGCAGGCCAGAGCUGAGAGGGAGCGGACCCCCUGUGCAGAGACCCCUGCUGAGCCUGUAGACUGGGCCUUUGCUCAGAGGGAGCUGCUGGACAAACAGGGCAUUGACAUGAAACUAGAAAUGGACCAGAGGCUGCAGGAGUUAGAGGAUCAGUAUCGCAAAGAAAGAGAGGAGGCCAACAACCUUCUGGAGCAGCAGAGACUGGAUUAUGAGAGCAAGCUGGAGGCUCUUCAGAAACAAGUGGACCGUUGUUACCCAGAUGCCCCUGACGAAGAAGAUGAUCCAGAAGAGGAAGCAGUUCAGUGGACAGAGAGGGAAAGAGAGCUAGCUGUGUGGAGCUUCAGGAAGUGGAGGUGUUACCAGUUCACCUCGCUGCGUGACUUGUUGUGGGGAAACGCCAUCUUCCUUAAAGAAGCAAACGCUAUCAGUGUUGAACUGAAGAAGAAGGUCCAGUUCCAGUUUGUGUUGUUGACAGACACCCUCUACUCCCCCCUGCCUCCUGACCUGUUGCCCCCAGAGGCGACCAAAGACCAAGAAAAGCGACACUUUCCUCGCACCAUAGUGGCCGUGGAAGUACAGGAUCAAAAAAAUGGAGCAACUCACUAUUGGACACUAGAGAAACUCAGGCAGAGGCUGGAUCUCAUGAGAGAGAUGUACGAUCGUGCGGCAGAUUUGCCCAACACCACCACAGAGGAGAGUGACAGCGCGCUGACAGGAGGUGACCCAUUUUACGAUCGCUUCCCCUGGUUCCGCCUGGUUGGCAGAAACCCCAUUUUCAACACAUGCAUGAGCGAGCGCAUGAGUGAUCCCACCCCAUCCCCGACCCUUUCCAACUCUGAAAUUACCGAGCUGGCUGACUCACAGAGGGAGGGUCGAGGGGAGGAGGAGGACGAGUUGGAACAGUUGGAGGACCUGGAUGAUGAUAUCUUUUUGGACGACCCGUGCUUGGAGCUCGGGGUGGAGGAGGAUGAUGAGGAUGAGGAUGAUGAUGAUGAGCGAGAGCUUUGCCGAGGCUCCGGCGAAGGCCAGGACCCCUUUUACGACCGCUCGCCAUUAUUCAGUGUAGUGGGAAGGGCUUUUGUUUAUCUGAGUAACCUGCUGUACCCGGUCCCUCUGGUCCACCGCGUGGCCAUCGUCAGCGAGAGAGGCGAGGUGAAGGGCUUCCUGCGGGUGGCGGUGCAGGCCAUAUCAGGUGCUCUGUGUUUCCCUCCAGCUGAUGACGAAGCUCCUGACUACGGCUCAGGAGUGAGACAGUCUGGCACUGCCAAAAUUUCGUUUGAGGAUCAGCAGUAUGAGAAGUUUCAGUCAGAGUCCUGCUCAGCUGGACUGUCCCGCACUGGGGUUUCUCAAGAGGAGCUUCGCAUUGUGGAGGGAGAGGGGCAGAAUGCAGAAAUGGCCCCAUCAGCAGAUGAAGUCAACAACAACACAUCUGGUGCAGAUGAAUUGGAGAAUCCAGUGAAGGCAGCUCUGGACGGUGCAUUGGAUGCAAAUCUGGAGCACCUGCAGAUUGGUAACAUUUUUACCUUCAGAGUGACCGUCCUGCAGGCGUCCAGCAUCUCUGCAGAAUAUGCAGACAUCUUCUGCCAGUUCAAUUUUAUCCAUCGCCAUGAUGAGGCCUUUUCUACCGAACCUCUAAAAAACACAGGCCGUGGCCCUCCUCUUGGGUUUUACCACGUGCAGAAUAUUGCUGUUGAAGUUACAAAGUCUUUUGUAGACUACAUCAAGACUCAGCCAAUUGUCUUUGAGGUGUUUGGCCACUACCAGAAGCAACCUUUUCUUCCUCUUUGUAAAGAUGUCAUCAGUCCACUCCAUGCUUGUAGAAGACAGUUCCCCAGAGUGAUGCCUCUGUCCAAACCAGUGCCUGCUACCAAGCUGACGACGCUGACCCGCCCUCAGGCCGGACCGUGCCACUGUAAAUAUGACCUCAUGGUAUUCUUUGAGAUCUGCGAGCUUGAAGCUACUGGAGACUACAUCCCAGCUGUUGUGGACCACAGAGGAGGCAUGCCCUGCCAUGGCACCUUCCUCCUGCACCAGGGCCUCCAGAGGAGAAUUGCUGUUACCAUCGUACACGAAUCUGGAGGUGACAUUGAAUGGAAGGAUAUUCGUGAGCUUGUUGUUGGGCGUCUGCGCAACACCCCCGAAGCUGACGAGAACAUCAUCGACCCAAAUAUUCUGUCACUCAACAUCUUGGCUGCUGGGUAUGUCAGGCCCUUACAGGAUGACAGACAGUUUCUUGAUUCGGACAUGCCUAGUAUUUCCCUGGGAGUUGAUCAUAGGACUUUUUACCGGUUCGAGGCAGCGUGGGACAGUUCAAUGCACAACUCUCUGCUGCUAAACCGAGUCACUCCAAACGGGGAGAAAAUCUACAUGACCCUCUCUGCCUACCUGGAGAUGGAGAACUGCACACAGCCUGCAGUUAUAACCAAAGAUAUCUGCAUGGUGUUUUACACUCGAGACACAAAGCUGUCAGCUUCUCGAUCGAUUCGCAACCUUUUUGGUACAGGAAGUCUGAGAGCGGCAGAUGGAAAUCGUGUAACUGGAGUUUAUGAGGCCAGCUUGUGCCACCAGGCCGAUGCAGGAAGCCCAGGAAUGCAGAGGAGACGCAGGCGGGUGCUGGACACCUCUGUGGCCUACGUCCGAGGAGAGGAGAACCUGGCUGGAUGGAGGCCGCGCAGCGACAGCCUCAUUAUAGAGCACCAGUGGGAGCUGGAGAAGCUCAGUCUCCUCCAAGAUGUGGAGAAGACCAAACAUUACCUUCUGCUGAGGGAGAAGCUAGAGUCCACCUUGCUGUCAGGCCUGGAGUCCCUUCAGUCCGGUGUUCCCGAGGAGCUGAAUGAGCCUCAUCAGCCCCCUGAGACCGAUCAGGAGGCCAGCUCCAGCUCUGAGAUCACCACCGAGAGGCAGAAGGAGCUCGCUGUCAAGUGCUUGCGGCUGCUCACUCACUCUUUCAACAGAGAAUACAGCCAUGUUUGCGUCAGCGCCAGUGAGAGCAAGAUCUCACAGAUGUCUGUCACAUUGCUCAGAGACUCUACCUCCAUAACAGCUCUGAACACAAUCACACCCUCCUCUACAUGCCCUUCACUGGUUGAGGGUUGCUACAGUUCUGCUGAGCUCAGACCACCCACACCCCGCUCCCGCGCCGUCAGCCCCGGUCCUGAAACACAGCAGGACUUGAAGGACAACAAACCCAUCAGUGGAGCGUCCGACACCAAGCCUCGAGCUCGCAAACUGGUCCCUGACAUCCAGGAGAUAAGAGUCAGCCCCAUCGUGUCAAAGAAGGGUUACCUGCAUUUCCUGGAGCCAAACACCAACGGAUGGGUGAAACGUUUUGUGGUUGUGCGUCGGCCGUACGUUUACAUCUACAACUCAGAAAGAGAUGCGGUGGAGCGAGCCAUCCUCAACCUCUCCUCUGCUCAGGUGGAGUACAGCGAGGACCAGCAGGCCAUGCUGAAGACCCCAAACACCUUCGCCGUGUGCACAGAGCACCGUGGAAUUCUGCUGCAAGCAGCUAAUGACAAAGAAAUGCAUGACUGGUUGUAUGCAUUUAACCCUCUCCUCGCUGGAACUAUCAGGUCUAAACUGUCAAGAAGACGAGCCGGUCAGAUGAGGAUGUGAGAAAAGGAAUAUUGCAAAAAUCCAAGCUGUACAUAGAUUCUUGUUCUUUUUGCUCUCCUCGUUGCUGAGCCCAGUUUCUACCAUCAUUGUCACAAACAGCCGUCUUUCCUCUGUGCACUCUCAGUUCACCUCUGGUGUCCUCUGUGUCCAUUUAAUGUCCGGCCCUAGCAGCCGCGAGAGUCUUUCUUUGUGAACAAUCAACAAUCUGUCACUGUACUGUAGGGGAGGUUAAAUCAUACGUGAAGGAACGGAGGGGUUAGCAGCAGAUUGUUGUCAGAUUACAUUCGUGUGAUGACGUACUGUAGUUGUUGUCAGUGACACAUCAAGCCUUAUACUGUUCAUCCAGUGACAUCAUCUUUACCCAAAGCUGAUGCACUGCUGGGGAUCAUGUUGCUACCAUUCAUCAAUUAACCUUCUCUUUUCCUAAUUGCUCAAUAAGUUGUGUUUAAACUGGUUUGCUUUGUCAUACAGCCAGGAAAUACACCAAGAUUGUAGUGUCUCUUUAAAACAACACAUUAACGUCUCUGAUCUAUGAAUCCAGAUGUGGAAUAAUCUGCCGCCUUUUCCUCAAGUCUUAUAAAAACUUUAUCACACAAAUCUGUCAUUUUAGCUCUUAGAGUGAAGUUUCACCACAUGCAGUCAGACACCAUCGUUUUGUUCCUCCUGAUAUAUUCUCAUUUCUCUACCUGAAUUUCAUUUGUUUUAAAUUGUGAUAUAUUUAGAUUUUUAACAGUUUUCAUAUUUAUUUCUGUUUGUAUUUAUUUACAAAGAUGUUUAUAUUUCUAAAGUAGUAGUACAGUGCAAUUUCUGCACAUGGCACUUUUUAAUGAGUUCCUUAAAUGUUUAAAUAAAGUAUCCUUGUCCCCAG